AUGCUGAAUUCUAUAUGUUGGUUUCUUCCAUUUUUACUAGUUGUUAUCGUUGGCACUGACGCUAUAGUGCGCACUAUCACAGUCGGUCCGGACUCUUUACAAACAGACUUUGAUUUUGCUGUGGAUGGGGAUGUAUUUAGCUUCGUAUGGAGUUCUAAUGUAAAAGCUCCUGUAAGAGUGUAUGAAGUUUAUGAUAACCAGUCUUGCGCGGUAAUGUCUAAAGGAAUCGAUAGCAAUUUUCAUACAUAUCCGAAUACAUAUAAAUAUACCACCGACCCCGAACCAAUUCGACUUACAGAGUAUCCGUCACCUCCAAUAAUAUACGAUUUCUAUCUUACAGCUCAAGGCGCACAAGGAUGCGAUCAAGGGCCUGAUUCACGUUUAGAAAUCGAAGUGUAUAAGCCAGGAGAGACACCAACAGACAUACCGUCUCCCGAAUCAACCGGUUCGUCUUCAGACAUUAUCUCAACUUCACCUGCGGAUACUUCUCCAGUGCCUACGAGUAGCACUGCCGUAACAUCUAAUGCGACGCCUCAACCAACUUUGGCAAAUAACACUAGCAACGAAACUAGCUCUCAUACCAUAUCCAUUCCGUUGAUGGCGAUGGUUACAGUAGUUGGAGUAUUUUUGUCGUUCAUAUGA